UUCCCCUCACUGUGUGCUGUCUCUCCCAGCUGAGCAUCCCCCAGCAGAUGCCUGCAGGAGGAGGUGACCCCAAAGGGCGAGAUGGCUGAGUGGGAGCGGCUGUUUGCACAGAGCCGUGCUGUCCCACCUCACACCCAGCGCAGACACGGCGUGCCGGAGCGCUCGGUGCCUUUCCAGUGUGUCCUGAAGUGCCUCGAGGGUUCUGUUGUCACGCAGCAGUCCCCAGCUGAGCUGCAGCUCCGCCUGUCUCUCUUCGAUGCCGCCCACCGCCACUUCUUUGGCCACACGUGGCACAGCAGCACCCGGACCCCCCGCAGCCCCCCAGGGCAGCCCCCCCGUGUGCUCUUCAAUGAGGCUGUGUAUUUUCACACCUCGCUCAGCCACCCCAGCAUCACAGCCGUGGUGGAGGUGGUGGCCGUGGCCCCUACCCCAGAAGGGAUCUCACGGGACGUGUCGUGUGGCUUCGGGCUCAUCCCACUGUUUGACAGCAGGCGGGAGCCCUCAGACCUGGCUGCCAGGGGCAGAGUGCUCAAGCUGUACCACGGGACGCCACGUGCCUUGCUGCACCCGCUUCUCCAGGACCCUCUAGAAAAGAAUAAAUACAUGACUAUGAUGGAGAACAGCCACCUGCAGUACACCCUAAAGCUCCACCCGCCUCUGGAGAAGGUAUUUCACCUCCUUCCUGAAAACCUUCUGGUGUCUGGUCUGCAGAAGAUCCCUGGCCUGCUGCCUGCACAUGGGGACACAGGUGACAUCUUCCUGAAGCCGCGGCUCAUGGGGACGGUCCCCUGCUACCUGGACCAGCUCUGUGUGCUCCUGCACCCUUCUCUGGAGGAGUUUGAGGAAGAGCUGCUGGAGCAGCUGCACAGCGACCGCUUGCUGAAGCAGGAGGUUGGCAGUGCGCUGUGCGUGCAGGAGCGGCGGCUGCGUGUCGGUGUGCACAACGGGCUGCGCUUCGUCCAGGCCCCGCAGGUGGCCGUGCUGCAGCCAGCAGCCGAGGCGGCCCGGAGACAAACCACCAACCCCACGGACAGCGCUGCAGAGCAGGCCCUGCUGCUGCGGAGCCGCCUGCAGCUGAGUGAGAUGGUUGCCCAUCCUGCCUUUGGGGUCUGCUUCCAGCUGGAGUACGUUGUCUGUGCUGCAGCCAAGGCUGCAGCCGGCAGCGUGUUGGGCCCAGCGGCUGCCAUGCACACGGUGCGCUGGGCGCUUUGGAGCCCCUUCCUGGGUGCCACCUCCUCCCCAGUGCUGCUGCCCCUGCGUGGCGGUGCCCAUCCCAGCCCCGGCCAGACCCUGGUGUACAGAAACCCUGCAGACAGCGAGAGCUCCCAGCAGGUGAAGCGCAUUGCGUCGGGUUCUGUCCAAUUCCACGUUUCCACUGAUGCAGAACAUCGUGUAACUUCUACAGACAUCUCGAGUAAAGCUGGGAAGGAGCCGGAGGAGCCUCCUACGCCAUCGCUGAGUCUACGCUCCCCCCCGCGCCCGGCAGCCUCCACGCAGGGACCAGGGCUGUCUCUCUCACAGCUGCUGGCCUCCCCGCAGAGCAGGGAUGAGCGCGCGGUGCCACGAAGCCGCAGUGCCCCGAAGCCCCGGCCCUGCAGCACGCAGAAGGAUGGCGGCACCCAGCACACUGCUGGCAUCACACACCUGGAGGCUGACCUGUGGUCGGGCUCCCCGCGCGUGGAUGCCUCCAGCAGUGAGCACCUGCGGGCGCUGCCCUUUGUGCCGGCGCAGCUGCCCGUCACGGCCGUGGGGCCGCCUGCUGGGAGCGCUGCACUCAGCCGUGCCUCGCUGGCGCUCCUGCACACCUCUGGCUUCCCAGAGAUCCUCGAUGACAACAAGGAGCCCGUGGAGGUCACGGAGCCGCUGAACCCCGCGCAUUUCAGUCCUCGGCUGGAGGAAGUGGAUGCUCUGCAAAGCAACGAAAUAAUCCUGCAGUUCCUUGCGUUCAGUAGGGCUCCUCAGGAUGCACUGGAAGGGAUGUGGCCGAGCACAGUGUUCCUCACCUUCCAGUUCUACCGCUUCCCACCGGUCACCACGCCACGGCUGCAGCUGCUCGAUGCGGAUGGCGAGAGGGCAGUUGGGUCUGCUGUGCCAGCACAAGUGCUGCUCCAGUUGAAUAAGGAUGGGACCCCAAACACUGAAGCCCCAGGGCUGCAGCUGAGGUACGUGGUGGACCCCAGCUUCCUGAGGCCUGGGGAGCAGCGUGUCUUCGUGCGCUACCUGGCUGAGCACAGCCUGCAGAUGGAUGUCUGGGAUGGAGACUCGCUGCUGCUGGUCGGCUCUGCUGCGGUUAAACUGAAGCCCCUGCUGCGCCAGGGCCGGCCGGCUGUCAGGACGCUGCAUGAGCUGGAAGUGGUCACCACUGAGUACGAGCAGGAUGCACCACCGGCAGCAGGCAGGGAUGUGCUGUGUCCUCUGGGUGCCCGCGUGGCCGUGCGAGGCCGCCUGCACCUCUGCCUGGCCAACGUUGGUCACCGCUGUGAGGAGACCCCUGUGAGCCCCAGACACCCACUGCUGUCCCACACCCACGUUGUGUCCUCUCCAGGCGGUGGCUGUUUGCUGUCCCUGCACGCCAGUGGCAAUGUCAGGGUGUCUCGGGCACGCAGGCUGGCUGAGGUGGAUAGCGAGCUGGCAGCCAUUCUGUGCAGCCAUCGGCUGGAGAAGAGCCCAGAACCCCUGCAUGCCCCACAUGAGGCUGCAGCCAUCCAGCAGCACAAGAUGCAGCGCUUGGCAGCGUUGCAGCAGCAGGAGGAUGCUGACUGGAGGACCCCACAACGCAUGGGCUGCUGUGAGCAGUGCAUGCAGUACCUGCAGAUCAUCGAUGCCUACCGAGAGCGCACCAAGCACCGGUACAUCUCCCAAAUGCUCAGCCAGGCCAUCACCAUCACCCACACUGUGUACGCCAUGCUGGGGACGGCUGAGUUCUUUGAGUUCGCCCUGAAGAACCCCUACAGUGUCCAGCACACGGUGACGGUUGAGGUUGACCACCCUGAGCUCAGUGUCAUCCUGGACCCAAGGGAGUGGCGGCACUUCAAGGAGCUGACCCAGACAGCCACCCCGCUGGAGGAGGACAUGUUCCACCUGCGGGAUGACCUCAGGCCUCAGAUCUACCUGCGCCCCAAGGAGACUGUGCACAUACCCUUCCGAUUCCAGAUGUUCUCUGCGGAGCCGGCUGUCGCAGCGGUGCUGGGACCGGUGGGGCUGAGCAAAGAAGAGGAUGCAGGGAGGAUGCAGGAGGAGCCAAGAGCAGCGCAGAUGAGGCUCAUCCAGGUGGCUUUCCGUGUGAGUGGGGGCAAACCCAUCGCGCUGCUGCAGGUGAAGGUUGAGCCCCGGCCCCACGUGGUGGAUCAGACCUUCCGCUUCUUCCACCCCGAGCUGACCUUCCUGAAGAAGGCCUUCCGCCUGCCUCCAUGGCACACGCUCCCAGGUGCUCCGGUGAGGAUGCCGGGCGGUGAUCCUGAGGUCUAUGUCCGCUGCAGUGACCCCAAUGUCAUCUGUGAGACCAAAAAUAUGGGUCCUGGGGAACCACAGGACGUCUUCUUAAAAGUAGCUGGAGGACCAAGCCCGCAGAUCAAAACAUUCUUUGUUGCUAUUUAUACGGAUCCCUGGCUGGCCACGCCGCUGCACAUCUGGCAGUUCUACCUGCACUCCCUGCAGCGUUUGGAUGUCAGCUGCACUGCAGGGCAGCUCUCCCGCCUGGCCGUCCCGCUGCGCGGCACCCGCACCCUGCGCAGGGUGAAGGCGUUCUGCUCCCAUCCCCACGAGCUGAAGGUGGACCCAGCAGGUGUGUUCACCCUGCCCCCCAAUGGGGUCCUGGAUCUGUUUGUGGGUGUGAGGCCACGCCGGGCUGGCAGCAGAUUCUUCUACCUCAACCUGGUGGAUGUGGAGUGCCACCAGCUGGUGUCCUCCUGGCUGCUCUGCGUCACCUGCCGACAGCCCCUCAUUUCCAAGGCCUUCGAGAUCACCAUCCCUGCAGGCAGUGGGAAGGGCUCCAACAAGCGCAUCACCUACACCAACCCCUACCCCACCCGCAGGCUGUACUUUCUGGUCACCAGCCGGCCCGACUUGCUGCAGUUCAAGGAGGACUCCUUCCAGGUUGCUGGGGGGGAGGUGUACACCAUCGGGCUGCGCUUCGCCCCGAGUCAGAGCGUGGGUGAGGAGGAGAUCCUGAUCCACAUCAACGACCAUCAGGACAAGAACGAGGAGACCUUCUGCGUGAAGGUCAUCUACUACUGAGGCCGUGGCACGGAUCUUGGUCCUCAUUUGGGCCAUGCGCUGAGCUCCCCAGUGAGCCCAGCCCUGCACAGGUGAGGGGAGCGUGUCUGCUGCUCACCUCACCCCAGUGAGCUGUGGGUCCCUCUGGCCCCAUGGGAGCCCCACUGCUGGCACGUGGACCGGGCUGCCCUGUGCUCAGAACAGGAAGGAGGGAUGUUUGCCGCUGUGUGCCACAACUGCAGAAGGUCUUAAUUUUUGUUAAAUGUUUUUAAUGUUUAUAUUGUAAGGGCUUUAAAUCUUUGUGCUUUUUUUUAACUUAAAGUUUACAAAAUGUUUCUAAAGUAUUCUAGGUCCACCAUCAAAUGUUGCACAAACGAAUCGUUUGGAGUUGGUAAUGCUUUUCUACACUUUCAAGAUCAAUAAAAUUUGUGCCCUGCUCCGACA